AUGUCGGCUUCACGGACAAUCGCGACCAGCUUCGCCCGGCUGUCCGCGACGACGAGCCGAAGAAUGCCUGCGUGCGCCGCCGUGCGCGUCGUCGCCAUCCCUCAGUCCUCCUCAUACCUGCCGAGCCGGCCCGCUGCGACGACGUCGGGCUGGAGAAUAUCAGCAGCGCCAACAACGACAACGACGACGACGACGACGAUGCGCACAUUUACGACGACGCGAGUGCAGCGCCACGGGCACGUCCACACGCCCAAAGCCGGUGAAGAACUCUACGUGACUUUUGUCGACAAGGAAGGCGAGGAGCACAAGCUCGCCGUCGCCGAGGGCGACAACCUGCUCGACAUUGCGCAGGCCCACGACCUCGAGAUGGAGGGCGCGUGCGGCGGCUCCUGCGCCUGCUCAACCUGCCACGUCAUCGUCGCCGACGAGGGCUUGUACGACAAGAUGCCCGAGCCCGAGGACGACGAGAACGACAUGCUCGACCUGGCGUUUGGCCUUACCGAGACGAGCCGCCUCGGCUGCCAGGUCGUCAUGACAAAGGACCUCGACGGCCUCGUCGUCAAGUUGCCGACCAUGACGCGAAACUUGCAAGCGAGCGACUUUCAAUAG